CUUGUGUAUUAUGACCUCAAACUUAUACAUUUACUUAGUAUUUCACUUUAAAGUACAUUCAUGACAGAGUAAAAAAAUUACAGGAAAGAACUUUGACUGACUGUCGCCAAUAUGGCGGCAGAAAAAUCUCUAGAGGCAGAGUUACUGAAUGAUCUCUUGGAAUGUCCUAUAUGCUUGGGAAUAAUGGAAUCACCAAAUUCUCUGCCUUGUUUGCAUAAGUUCUGCUACUCUUGUCUGAGAAAAUGGGCAGAUGAAAAGGAAAACUUUUUGAAAAGUUUCCCAUGUCCAAUAUGUAAGGCUACAACUCGGAAGGACUCUAUCAAAAUUGAUUUUAACCUAAAGUCAAUCGCAGAAAGUCUGACGACAAAAAAAUCAAAUGACAAAAAGGAACAGAGUAAAAAUAUUAUAAAGAAAGGAGAUCUUGAAAAACCAACAAAGCAACCUAUCGAGGACAAUGAGGAAAUUAAUUAUUGUGAAAAAUGUUUGGAAAUUGAUUUGAAACUUUCGCAAGCUGAGGUGAACUGUGCAGAAUGCAGCAAACAUUUGUGUCUAGAUUGCUGUAAAAUUGAUUCUAGAUUCAGGAACUUCUGCAACGACCACAUGCCCAUUAGUCCAAUACCACGCCGUAGAGCAUACGCACCACGAGCAAAUACACAAAGAGCAAAUACACCACGAGGAAAUGUUCUUCAAACUGUGACAGUGGCUAAAGAGGAUAAUGCAUCAAGACCAACAAGGGAGAUUAAGACAUGGGCUUAUGCACCACAAGAAUGUAUUCAACCAGUGAAUGAACCACAGAACAGUACUGGACUAUCAGAUGACCAACUAAUCACUUUUGUGAUGUGCUUCAUUCUCAUAACAAUCAGCUUAGCUUUGCUGAAGACACUUUACUAGUGUAUGGGACUCAUAUAAUCCUUAUUCUACACUUUUAUAGGCAAAAUCAAUUGGUCAGAGCCAUGGCAUAUUUUAGAUAUUGCAUGUUAUCAUAACGUUAUCAAUUAAUGAAUGUCAUUGGACCAGAUCUGAAAAUUUUAGGCUUAAAAGGAAGAAACAUACUGUAUAAUCAAUUAUACCACUCUAAGUCCAAUUACAGUUGUAUAACAUGGGUCUAUAACAACGAUAUACAGUGGAGAGUGGUAUAUCGUCAUCGUAUACAACUCCUCCGUAUACACUCCAGCGUAUACCACUGUAGAAGUGCAUUCUGGGAACUAAUGAAUAUAGACCGAAGAACAAGGUUUAUGUUUUGUUACACAGACUGUUGUGUCCCUCGAAUGAUUGGAGCGAAUGAGGUGUUCCGACAUUUCAAAAUGUUCAUGAUUUCAUUGAAUCAAGUGACGUCAUAAAUGGUUCCGGCAUGAUUUGCUAGAAUCAAGCCACGUCAUAAAUGGUUCGAGAUCAACAUCGGCAUCUUUGAGUUGGCUAUGGGAUAUUUUUAUGUUUUUUAAUUGUUAUGAUUGUGUUCGAAUCAACUGUAAUUGAACUUAGAGUGGCAUAAUAAGAUUAUACAAUGGUUCAUUCUGUAUAUCGCGCAUUUUAUACUCUCGUGAGAAUAUAAUAUAUUCACUCGUUCGCUACGCUCACUUGUGAAUAUAUCAUAUACUCACUCGAAUAUAAACACGAUAUACAGAAAGAACCAUUAUAUAACCUCAUAGUAUGUUACUUUAUAUACAUAAAUUAAUGACUUCAGCUUCUUCCCUCAUACAUAGUACUUACUUGCUCUCUAAGGACAUAGGCAUAUUCUGCAAUGAGGGUUGGGCUGAUGAUACGCCAUUUGUGCUUGGUUCUCUUAAAAUGAGGAUCGGGAAACAGGAAGAACAUCUUUGAGAGCUGAAAUAAACAUUUUCUGUAAAUUAAUAAAAAUAAUGACUUUAUCUCUUAAGCCUUACUCUAGAUUGUAGAUUUUACUAUAUUUCAUGAGCAAACUCGUCUAAGAUAUUUUUCUACUCCACAACAAAGUAGGCGACAAAAAUGUGUGUUGGGUACUAUCAAAUGAAUCUUCAUGCUUAGUUUAUGGCAGGGUAUGUAAGGUUGAAAACAUAUUUAAUCUGGUUCAUGCAAUCAUUAUUGUAAAGAGUGAGUUAGAAAGUAACAAAGGAUUCAUUCUUGAGUAUAUACAGAGAGC